AUGUCGGAAUCCCUAUAUUCCACCCUCGAGACCACAGCCAAGAGCUUCGUCAAAUCCUGCAACCCGACGCAACCUGGCGGCAACACCGUCGACAGCGCCCUCAUCCUCUCGCACACCAUCCCCACAUUCGUCAUGGACUACGGCCACUCGCACUUCGUCUCCACCUUCCCACCCCUCCAGAAAGCCCUCUCGGGCCCCGAAUGGCAGCAACACAUGCUCGGCAUGACAUCCAACCUGCGGACCUGGGACAUCCAGAUCACGGAUCUGGUGGUGGACGAGGGGCGGAAGAAGGCGGUGGUGCGAGGGGAUUUCCAUAUGUUCGUCAAGGGGUACGAGGAUGCGGUUGUCAAUGAGAUUAUUUUGAUGUUGAGGAUGGAGGGGAGUGGGGGGAAGGUGGAGGGGUGUACGGAGUUUAUUGAUGCGGUUGCGGGGCAGGAGUUGGGGAGGAGGAUGGCGACGGUUGGGAAGUAG